GCAACUGUCAAAACACCGCUGUCAACUUUCAAAUUUGAAUACAAAAUAAAUAUUGCGGCAACGGACAAAUUUUAGUAGAUUUUAAUUUCUAAUUACGAUUCCUGCCCUCAUUAUGAAUAUAUUAGAUAAACUAAGCGACAAGGAAUUCAUCCCAUUUCUUCAAAGUUUAGGUGUAGAUACAAGAAACCAAUCAUUUGAAUGGAUGUUGAACAAUCCGGAUUUUGCUCCCGCUUUAGAAUGGAUGUACAAUAAUUUGGAUUAUAGUAAUGUGUUAACCACUAGGGAAAAACGAAGAUAUGCUGAAAUCCAAAAGCGAAACAAUCAAAUAGGCAUUGAAAUUUCCACAAAUGAGAUAGAUGAAAACAUAGCCUCUAUAACGGAGCAAUAUCCAGGUAUAUGUUUACCAGGAGAGCAGGAAGCUUUGGAAGAUAUGAGGAUUGAUAUUGAUGCACAGAAAGAGAGACUGCACUUGAUAGAAAAACAGGAAAAUGUUGUUGGAGAUCUGAUUGUACAAAAUGAGCACACAAAUGAACAAUUGAAUCUCGAAAUAACAAAGCUUAAUGCAGCACAACAACAAACCUCAGAAGAAGAAAAAACAACAGCAGAAGAGUGCAUCAAACUCGCUGAGAAUGUUGAAACACUAGUUGAAGACAUUACUCAGUUAGUCGGGAAGACUAUGGACUUCUAUGGAAACUGUGGCGACAAUAAGGAAACAGCCCAAACUUUGUUCACAUUUGGCCCAUUUGAGCAAUAUAAACAAUCUCAAGAUCUGUUCCAGUCACAUUUUGAUUUGUACACAUCCAAGAAAUUUCUUAAAAGACAAACCGACACUGUGACAGAUGAUAACAUGGUUUUGAAUGAAGCUAAACAUAUAGAAGAAAGGUUGUCAGACGCUAUCACUGCAUACAUUGAAUCGAAAGCGGAGUUGUGUGGAGAGCAAGCCAAGCUCGAACUUGUGGCUAACUACAACAAUCCGCACCCCAGUCAAAUAAGUAUGAAUAUAAUCGAGGCGCAGACGACAGUGCAACUGUUGGAGCAAGAGGAAGGCGUGCUCGAGCAACACGCACACCACGCAGCCAAGGAGCUGGCCGAGGAGCGCACCACACUCGCGGGGGACACUGCCGCUAGUGCCGCGCUUGCUGUCAGAGAAGAGAUUCACGAAGACCUAGCGUACCUACUGGACAAUGCACAACAUGCACUGGCUCUAGACAAGAUCCUGUACUGCGCGCUGCGACACGAGCUGCGCAACGUGGAGGAGUUCCUGCAGUUCGCCUCACAGCUCAGGAUGUACGUCAACGGAGAAAACGAAGCGAUAGCUAGUCGAAUUGACUCGAUGCUCGAAAUAUCUUCUGAGCAGUCCGCCCGUGAGCAGAGGUUACAAACAUCAGACCGUCUCGUGGAGUGCCUCUACAAUAUACUAAAUGCACCCUGCACGGAUGGAGUUCACCUGGUGAAACUGUACCGUGAGCUGCAGGAGAAUAUUAGAGAACUUAGGACAGCUGUGGGGGACGCGUGCGAUAAACGGAAGGAGGAAUUGAUGAGAUUCAAAGAGACAACAAGACCUUUAAUAGAGUACAUCUGGGACGGAUGCACCAAACAGCCGAACUGCACGGACAAGACGGUCGCGUCGCUCGCGCAUGCGCUCUCGCACGAGAUGGCACGAGUCGACGAGAGGAUAUUGGAAGCAAGCGCUAGCUUCAGCUCUGUUAAGAACGGCGACAAGCAACAUCUGCGUAAACUCUGGCAGUGGUUCCUGACGGACCCGUCCAAGCUGCUCGCUGCAGUAAAAGCUGCACAGAGCGGCAAGUUUAAUCUAUAGUUAUAUUGUCGUUGAAACACAAAUGUAAUCGCCAAGCGCGUGAGAACACAAGAAAAGCAAUAAUGAGGGUAGUUCAGUAUUGUGUAGAAAUGCAGAAGAAACUGCAUGACGGGCUAUUUAAGUGCUGCUAGUAUGAAAUGAUAUUUCCGUCUAUUACCUUAUAUUGUCUCCUUCCAAUAACGUCCAUAAAAUAGAACGUAUUUAAUGUAUUACGUAUGGUUAAAUAAUUUUCUUAUCUGUACCAAUUAUGCAAA